AUGUCCCUCUCUGGAAGCCCCACUGGAGCCAAGGCCCCUCUCAUCACCGAGACCUGCUUCUCCACGGUCCUCCACAUCACUGAACCGGGCGACGAAGACUACGAGCAGCAGAACCAGCCCCAAACUUCUGUGGCCAAUCAUGAAGACGAGGGGGACCGCUUAUUUGCGCCAAAGAGCGCCGUUUUAAGCACGCAAAGUCCGGUUCCGCACAGAAAAGGCACCAGGCAGCUCAUACCCAAGAACUUAGCUGUGUCGAGCCGGCCCAAAACCCGCCACCACACCACCGUAGUGACUUUCCCCGUGGGCCUGGAGAUGUCCAAGAGCGGGAACGAGUCCAAGAACCGGAACUCAGAGGUGGCCUGGGACGACUACGACAGCGACGGGGAGGGCUUCGACUUCAGGAGGAAUCGCAGGAACAAGUCGUACAAAGCGGCGGUGGUGAUGGACACGGAUUUCGGUGUGAAGAAGAGCAAUUCUAACUUGCUGACGCCGGUGAAGGAGCAGAGGGCGGCCAGUCCCAGUCCCGCCAGGAGUCCGGGGCGCAAGCGGACUCUGGGCCGAAAGAGGAACCAGAAGCAGCGUGGCUCCUUCAAAGACGCCCCUCCGUGCCUGUACCAGGACGUGAGGGAGCGCGGCCUGCACUCCACCAACCAGGAUGAGCUGCUGGACGACUUCGUGGUGGUGGAACAUCCUGUGGAGGAGGAGGACCAGGGCAUCGUGGUGCGCAGCUACAGGCCCACACAGCUGACCUGGAGCCAGCUGCCUCAGGUGAAGGACACUGGAAUCCUGUCUGUGAUCCCGCCCCAGGAGAGGAAGAGGCAAGAGGCCAUCUUCGAGAUCAUCACCUCGGAGCACUCGUACCUGCACAGCCUGGGCAUCCUGGUCAGACAGUUCAAAAGCAGCGAGGCUCUGAGGAAGACCAUGACGGCCACCGACCACCACCACCUCUUCUCCAACAUCUCUGUGAUCGAAGAAGUCAGCAAACGUUUCUUUGAGGAUCUAGAAAAGCGACACUACGACAGCGUGGUGAUCCGGGACAUCAGCGACAUCGUGCAGAACCACGCGGCGCACCACUUUGAGCCGUACAUCGUGUACUGCGCCAACGAGACGUUCCAACAGCGCACGCUGCAGAGACUUCUGAGCUCCAACACGGCGUUUAAGGAGGCGCUGAAGCAGAUCGAGUCCAGUGGCGAGUGCGGAGGUCUCCCCAUGAUCUCGUUCCUCAUCCUCCCCAUGCAGAGGGUCACCAGGCUGCCUCUGCUGCUGGACACGAUUUGUCAGAAAACAGCGGAUAAAACGGCCGAGUACUUUGCUGCAGUCUGGUCUUUCCACGCCAUGAGCAAGUUGGUCACAAGCUGCAACGAGCGAGCCAGGCAGAUGGAGCGCACCGAGCAGAUGUACACCAUCCAGAAACAAAUGGACUUUGGGAAGAUAAAACCCUUCCCCCUCAUCUCGUCCUCGCGCUGGCUCCGGAAGAGCGGGGAGCUGUCCAUGUCGUCCGAGGAGCUGAGCAUCUGGAGAGCCUUCAGCCAGCGCAGCUACUACCUGUUCCUGUUCAACGACGUGCUCAUCGUCACCAAGAAGAAGAGUGAGGAGAGCUUCGUGGUGACAGACUAUGCCACUCUGGAGAACGUGGAGGUGGAAGUCCCGGAGGACACAGACAUGAGGACUGGCGGCUCUCCAUCCGCCAAGAACAGCCACUUCCUGUCCUUCAAACUGCUCAUGAGCAAGAACAGUGACGGGAAGCCUGAAUACUUCCAUCUAGUGGCCGACUCGAGGGCGGACCGCGCUCGGUGGAUUGUGGCUUUAUCAGAGCACAAACACGCAGGGGUCUCCACUUGUAAAGAUGGGCUACCCCAGUAUGAAGCCACUAAAGCCUACAUGCCAAAGCAGCCAGAUGAGUUGGGAUUGCAGCAGGCUGAACUUGUGAUCCUAUUGCAGAAAGACGACGGCUGGUGCUUCGGAGAGCGGAUGCGGGAUGGGGAGCGGGGAUGGUUCCCUGCCAGCUGUGCCACAGAAAUCACUGACCCGAAUGCCAUGGAGAACAACGUGCAGCGUAUGAAGAGGCUGCGCAAGGAGACCAACGUCUAA